UUUUUGUUGCUAGAAAGCCGCAAGACGCACAUUUGGAACUAUGACAUUUUGAUUUAAUUCUAUUUAUUUAUUUAUUACAGUCUUUUUUAUUUUGGGCGUAUACCCACUCAUGAAGGAUAUCGCUUACCACUUCUCUGUGGUAAUAUUGUUAAAUAUUCUAAACGAUGCGACAAGAAACCUUUUCCUUGUCAGCACAAAUUAGCAAUUAAUUUGCCAGUCAAAUAACCUAGGUUAGCGCUUGGACUUCAAAUAGUAGCUCAGGUAACGCUAUACAAGUACUACUUUAUCAAAUUAAAACGUAGGCUAUUGAGUCAAGCAUAACCCGUGUUCAUGCCAGAUUUGCAGCGCUUCAAUUUUCCGUACCGUAGCAUGAAUCCGUUGCUGGGGGAGAGCUUAUCUACUGAUCAGCAUUUACAACAGAGCCAAGAAGUACCCAGCUAUCCGGACUCCCCCUCCGGUUUUCUCCCCGAGGCCGUUUUCGGAGCUCCAGAUUCAACCUUUUUUCUCGGUGAACACCCUGGCUUAGGCCCUAACGCUAUCGCUGUUGCGGGUGCGGAACCUCCAGCAUCUUCACAAUCCUAUCAGCCUCUUAAUACUAUACUUCACCGGGCUGUGCCACUUCCCCCCGCGGCUAUGGCCUUACGGAAUGAUCUGGGGUCUAACAUCAGCGUCCUGAAGACUCUAAAUCUACGCUUCCGAUGCUUUUUGGCCAAAGUACAUGAACUGGAGCGAAGAAAUAAGAUACUUGAGAAACAACUGCAGCAGGCUUUGGAAAGUAACUCAAGCGGAUGCAGUACGGAUGGGAGACGGGGACAGACCAGAGAAACUGGGGUACAGACCGGAUUUGUUGGGCCCUUUUCCAUCCGACCCUCAUCUUUGCCUUUUCAAAACACCAAUAAUUCCGCGAAGAGACCCACCACUUUGUUCACACCUCCCCUCACAACUCUGCUCAGACUCGAGUCUAAUAAAUCUGACGAUAAGAUUCUGACCUUUGGCGCUUCCGAUAAUAAUUCGGGCAUUUUGUGUACGCCUACCGAACCGGCCGCUGCCAACACCAAUAAUUCUAAUAAUGCUCCGAAUUUGAAUUGUGUUAGCACGAGAAUGUCCCCGAAUCCGCCUCCUCGAUUUCUUCCUGGCACUAUUUGGUCCUUCAACCACACCCGUAAGUGGGGUACGGGCUCAGAGACUCGGGUGACCAGCCCCGGAGUUUCGUGGGUACACCCAGACGGAGUCGGUGUGCAGAUAGAUACCAUCACCCCCGAAAUCAGAGCACUUUACAACGUCCUGGCCAAAGUAAAGAGGGAGAGGGAUGAAUACAAACGCAGGUGGGAGGAAGAAUAUACAAUGAGAGUGGAACUCCAACAGAAGGUUACAGACCUACAGGAGGACCUGCAGGAGAGUGAGGUGUGUCAGGAUGAACUGGCAUUGAGGGUACAGCAGCUGAAGGCUGAGCUCGUCCUUUUUAAAGGUUUAAUGAGCAAUAAUCUGUCUGACUUGGACAGCAAGAUCCAGGAGAAGGCAAUGAAGGUAGAUAUGGAUAUCUGCAGACGCAUUGACAUCACAGCUCGUCUGUGUGACCUGGCACAGCAGAGGAACUGUGAGGACUCCAUCAAGAUGUUCCAGGUACCCAGCCCACAGUCUUCCAUCAGCUGCCGCCCACGGAAACAGGCAGCCCAGGCCAGCAGUGAGACAGAUGAUCCAACCAGCACCUCAGAAAGCGAUGGAGGUGGAGCAAAAGUGGAAGAUUCAGGGACCACCUCUUCUAAUCAGAUAAAUGAAGAGAUGCAAAGGAUGCUGAAUCAACUGCGAGAAUGUGAGUUUGAGGAUGACUGUGAUUCUUUGGCAUGGGAGGAGACUGAGGAGACUCUGCUGCUUUGGGAGGAUUUUCCAGGAUGCCCUCUGACCUCAGAAGUUAGCCACAGUGAGGAGGAGUGUCUUGAGAAGGUGAUUAAAGACACGGAAUGCCUGUUUAAGUCCAGGGAGAAAGAGUAUCAGGAGACCAUUGACCAGAUUGAGCUUGAACUAGCCACAGCAAAGUCUGACAUGAACAGGCACCUGCAUGAGUACAUGGAGAUGUGCAGUAUGAAGAGAGGACUGGAUGUUCAGAUGGAGACAUGUAGGAGACUCAUCACCCAGAGUGGAGAGAGUAAAUAUGAAUCUCCUGGCCCUGGUGGAGGCCUUGAAGUCAGUGAUGAGACAGAACAAGAGAACACUGGGGCUGGAGGAAGAUAGUAAGAAGUGAAGAAAGAAGGAAACUCGUUUGUUGACCUCCUCUCAUCUCACUGUCAAUCCUAAGCCAUAUUUAGUAUAAAGCGUUUGGUGCAACACUUCUAAACUUACAAAGAGGGACACAGUCUGGACCUCUCAUGCCACUAAAUACUUUUCAAACUAUCAUGGGGGGGAAAUUCAAAUAAAUAUUACCUUGCAUGGGACACUGGAAUAGAUUUUCCAUUAAGGGACUGAGACAGUGACUACCCUCUUGUGGAGGUAAUUAGGAUUGAUUUAAAUUGUGAUCUGCUGAGAUACCUGAUACUUUCCACAGUUUUCAUUCACCACCCUGUCAUGUGCAAACUUUCAAUGUUUAUUUAACUUUUAAAUGUGAACCAUUUUAUUUAAGGUUAAAUAAUUCCUGCCAUUAUAUGACAUUUUUAUUCUUUAUUUAUAUGUUUGUGAGAAAUAGGGCUGCAACCGAAAUGGUACAAGAUGUGUCUGUGGGUUGUUUUGCUCUCUCUGCUGGUGAGCAGUGGCCUCACCUGUACUCAGAAUACUCGUUUUUUUUUUCAUUCAUAAAAUGGGCAAUACAGUCAAAACACUGGGUAUUUUGACUUAGUGGUUCCUACAGGAUCCAGAACUGAUGCAUAUCAGAGGCACAAAAUCUUUGUGUGCUGUUGUGGCUCAGGCAAUUUAAGGAUCUAGCCACCACUGGUCUAUGAGUUAGCUCAUCAGUGAUUUGAAAAACAAGUUAAAGGUCAAACAUUCAUGAAAACAUUGUGUCUAGGUGUGUCUUUGUGUAUAGUCCAAUAUAUGGUGGACUGCAGUAUAAUCCUGAAUGAUAUCGCUGUAUAUUUGUGUGGUCAUUGUUUAAAUUCGUAAAUUUAAAUAUUUACUAACUCAGCCUUUUAUGUUGUUCACUUCGUCUCCUGCUCUGCAUAAAAGGGCAGGUCCACAGCUAUUUGUCCUCUCAAGAGUCUCAUUUUGAUCAGUGAAACAAAUUCAAGAUUAUGUAUAUGGCUUUGCAUUUAAUGCAUCUGCAGUUAAGGUUUGUGCAAGUUUGUGUGGAAAGGCUUUAAAUUAGCAAUGAAGAAGUGCACUUGCAUGGUAAUAUCAAAACUAGCAUUUUCAAAACCAGCAACAUGCGUUAUACUACAUAAGUGCUCAUUUUAUGUCAUUCGUGAAACACAGUAAUCUAAAUCUUCAUGCAUUUGGGUAAAUGGUGCCCUUUUAUACUGAUGUUGAACCAGUCCUACCAGUGCAAGUUGUAAUAUUAAGUUGUAAUACCUGUUGUGGUAAAACUGGUUUCAGCACAGUGUAAAAAAUUAAAAUUUUUCCUUGCUAUUAUGUUGUCUCCCCUCCUGAAUUUAGCUGGCAGAGCAAAUAUACAAUUUGAAAGAGGGCUACAAGAUCCUAGAUUAGGCUCUACUGCUGUAUAUAUGUUGCCUAUUACUAAGAUGACGUUUUCUGUAGUGGCAAAGAAAAUGAACUCCUACACUGUAUGUAUGUGUGGGUGUGUGUGUGUGUGUGUGUGUGUGUGUGUGUGUGUGUGUGUGUGUGUGUGUGUGUGUUUACUCUUUGGUAAGAUGUCUGAUAUUCUGCCACAGUAGGAAAUGUAGAUGUGACCUCUCAAAACCACUGACUUGCUGCACUGACUUUGUUUGAGGCGCUUGCAGAUGUUGUAGUAUAGCUUACUACAAUGUAGGAGUGUGACUUGGAAUCUUACCAUUAUGGAAGACGCUGGUGGUCAGCUAUGUUUGAGCCACUCAGCCUGGGCUUUUAAGCAUUACAUGCCGGCUCAGUGCGCUGACACUGAGAUCAUCAUGCUGACUGCAGUAACUGAAUUAGUCUGUCACAGAGUUGGUCAAACUUUCCGUCUGAAAUAAGGAAGUCUGCUGUAAAUAACCUUCCGCUCUCACUGUCACUGUGCCACGUUUAGCUGUGGGCCACAGGAUGAUGAGCCGUAGAUGAACAGUAGGUGCAUCCACACGAGAACUGCAAAUGUAUGAAACCGAAGACACACAAAGGCAUCAGCGAGGAGAGACAGCACAUGCACUGCUGUGUUUCUGAAUGUAUCUGUAAAAAAUAAUAGAAACUUCUAUAGUGCCAAACGUGAGCCGAGCUUUCAGGGAGCAGGCUUUCAGUUGCAGGGACAGUCAGGACUAGAUGCUGUCAAACAUGGUGCUGAUUGCUUGUAAAUAUUUUAAAAAGGCAAAGAGUAAAAUGGUGUAAUAACUGUAUGCAAGCUGUAUGGGUAUUUUGCAAAAAGAAAAGUGAGAAUGGCUCUUAAUGUAAUGUACAUUAGAUCAUAUUUAAAGUAUAAUCAGAUUUGCUUUGAUUUCAAAACCUUUUUUGUCCAUGUUCAGAUUCUGUCCCCUUGUCUGUUUCUGUUUAUCAUGUUCAGUCAGUACUCUCUCCAAAGGCAUUCCUACUUCAUUUGGCCACAAUUCUUAUGUUACAUUUGGCUUUAGUGAAGAAAUAUGUCUGGGUUUGAGUAAUGAUUUCCUUUAUAGCUCAUGUUUGUGUAGGUUAUCAGAAAAAAUAUCAAGUAGGACUCUCUUAUUGGUUGAAAACUCCCCCCAUUUCUUUGAUUCAUUUAUCUCUGAUUCUUCCGUUUAUUAUUUUUAAAUGUCGUGCGUGUGUGUGCGUGUGCGCGUGUGCGCGCGCGUGUGUAUGCAUGUUUUAGUCGUGUAUUCUAAUUUGCUAUAUUAUGUGAGCACUUAUUUUGACCAGGAAUUUACUUGUCUGUUGAAAUAUGAAUGGAAAGUAAUCAAAAUAAUUUAAUCAAAAAUAAAUCAAAAAUACUCUGUCGAAUCUUCAGAAUCUUCAGUCUGCAUGGUGUAAGUGUACUAACUGGUAGUACAGUAUUUAUGCCAGCUUGAGAUAUUUUUUUUUUCCUUUUUUAGAAUGCAAUUCAGGCUAAAAAAUACCUCAAAUUAGUAGCAACCACAUGCAGUAAGUAAAUUCCUGGAGAAGAGUUCACCAAGUGUACGUAAAGAGAAAAAAAAACAAACAAUAAUAAAAAAAGAGAAGACAGUAAAAAGCAAGGAGAAAAAAGAAUGUCUAUCCAAACUGUAUUACUGCUAUGAUAUUGUAAACCAGGGGAAAUUGGUAAGGAAUUUUAGUAUAUAGUCAAUGGCUUUGCAAGUGAGUCCUCUGUCCCUGUCAGAAGUUUCUCCUCUCAUGCUGACAUACAUGUAGCAAAAUUAUUGCCCCAAAAAAUCAGUGUAAAUAUGAUCACCUACACCAUGGGCCCAUCAGAUUAUAUCUAGAUGAAAGACCUACAGCGUACUCGUAUGUAUGGAUAUUCAGCAUCUAUGCCAUGGUGUGCAGUGAUCUGUAAAGUCUAAAACGAGAAAAACCACGGGUUAUUCUGUAACUAUCUUCCUUCCCUGAUCCUAAGUACGAAGAACUUUUAUCAGUUUACAGGGAAGGCAGAUGAUGGAGGAAUGCACUCAGUGUUAUGGGAAUCCCAUAGGAUUGCUUUGGCAGAAAUCUUUUGGCAGGGUGGCUGGACUCAUUAAAGUGUACUCAAGGCAAGCCAGAAAUAUAGUCUGCUUUAAUGAGCACUAAAGACUGGAGCUUAAAAAUCACUUGAAAAAUAAAUGAUAAUGCUGAACAAACUGA